AAAUUAAUUGUCAACUUGAUUGUGAUUUUUUCUUUCAGUUUUGUUUAUGUUUACGUUUAAUUGUUUCUAUUAUUAAAUUGUAGAAAAUUAUUGAUUAAUUUGAUUUUCUUUCGUUUCGCAUUCAGUUGACUGAUUGUUCGUCUUUUUCUGAAGAUCUGUUUUUCUUGAGUUAAUUGUCCAUUCAAUCAAAUGGGUUCUCUCAAUAAUGCCCAUCAAGAGAAUGGAGGUGUUCUCCUUUAUUCUGGUGAAUUAAUUCUGUUAUUUUGUGAUUCAGUUAAUUGUGAAAUCAAAGGACGAGGUCAUGCCAAAGGUCGAAUCUAUUUGACAACUCAUCGAGUCCUUUUCACAGCAACUCCAUUGAAACAAAAUGCUAACUUUAAGUCAUUUUCGGCUCCAUUUUUUUCAAUGUUUGACCUUUCCCUUGACCAGCCGAUAUUUGGUGCUAAUGCAAUUAAGGGUAAAGUCCGUGGGGAUCCUGAGUUUGGAUUUGAAAUGAAAUUUAACAAAGGAGGAGCCAUUGAAUUUGGUCAGGCAAUGAGAAAUGCAGCUAGUCAGGCCGCUGCUUUGGCUCGACAAUCUGGAUUCACCGCUCCACCUCCUUACACUUCAGCACCAGCAGCGGCUAAUUAUUACCAAGCUUCUGAUGAUGUUUAUCAGCCCAAUUAUCCUGUUGGUUUUGUUUUACCCACUCAAACUUUCCCCGAUGCACCACCGCCAGGAUUUGUUUACACCUCUGAUGUCCCACCUCCGUAUCCAGGGCUGAUCACACAAACCACCGUCACCGCUUCUGUACCCGGAGCCGCUGUUCAUCCCGAUCCAGCGCAAUUACUUUUCGGCCAUUCUUCAGUAACCCCAGCCAUCUAUCCAACGGCUACAACACAAUAUGUAGUCUCUCCAAUGGAUCCUUACUCAGCCGGUUCAGCGAUGGGCUUUGCCGGGGCGGGUGCAGCCGGUGCUUAUCCAGUAUUACCUCCGAGUGGCCCUUCGGCCCCAGGAUUCAACGUUCCCGGAAUGGAGCAUCCACCUUCCUAUGAUGAGGCCACCAAGAAGAAACAAUAGUCUCAAUAUGGAGAGAAGAGUCGAAAGUCAUUUUAAUCUCUUUAUUAUUUCCUAAUUAUCUCAAUUGUUUUACUUUCCAUAAUUUUCUCAUAUUUGUUUUUGUUUUUGUUUUAAUUUUUUCUGUUUAGAUAAUUUUACAGAAUCAAAUUUAUUCUCGAACAAACAAAAUUGAUGGAACAAAAUUUCUCUUUCAAUGUUAUUUUACAUUCUACUAAAUCACUGUUAUCUUUACUUUGUCUACUUCUCAUCUAAUUAUCUCUCUUUUGUGUGUCAACUUUAUCUUGUCAAUUGAUUGUAAAUCCUUUUGAUUGAUUGUUAACUUUCAAUCAAAACGAUUCUCUUUAAAUUUUGUCAUCAAUGAGAGACAGAAACAAAAUUUUACCAAGAAAAAAAAACGGUAAAUCAAAACUAUUAUUCUGAGAUGAAAAUGAUCCCCAAAUUACAAAUAUAUAAUUCUGAUAAAAUUUGGAUUUAAUUGUAAUCCAAAUUAAAUUUUCACGAAUCAAAGUUAAAUUUGAUUGACAGAAAAUGUAAAGUUAUUGUAAUCAAGAUGAAAGAUUUAUGUUAACAUUCAACUUAACCAUUAAGCGAACCAUUAAAGAAACAAUGAAAUCUCAA